ACUUGUUUGACCUGUACUUGUUUGACUCGUUCAACAACUUUAAAGUACCUUACCUUAUUUUGCUAAGCGAAAGGAAAAGUCUGUCAGACCCACUUGAGAGCUAGAAACCUGCUGCGUGAGGCUAUUGGAAAAUAGUGAACACUCAAAUGGGCAAACUGUCUGUCUUGUUUUUUAUUUCGUUUUACACCAUUGGCAACGCAGGUCCAGGAUCACAUUCUCUGUGGGCACUUGCAACAUACAUCAUCGGAGAGAUGCCUUUCCCUGAGUUUACGGUUGUGGUUAUGUUGGAUGAUGUUCAAGUGGGUUACUAUGACUCCAACAUGAAACACUUCAUCUACAGGGGUCAUAACACCUCAGACAAAAUACAUGAUGACGAAGCUCAGGACGGAGCUUAUGUAUUCGGAAUUAUAUACCAGAGCAUGAAGGAGAGAUCCUUUCACCUAAAGCACCACUUGAAUCUCACGGAAGGUGUUCAAGUUCAGCAAAGAAUGUCUGGCUGUGAGAUGUUGGACAAUGGUGAACCAGCCCUGAUCAUGUUUAAGGAGACUUUUAAUGGCAUUUUUGUAGAUCAUGCGAUAUAUAACAGCAUGACACAUUUUACAUACGAUUCUGGGACACUACUACUAGGAUAUUAUGGGAUAAGGCAAGCAUAUGAAAAAGCACUAUUUGAGAACGUUUUACUUCCCAUUUGCAUCAAAUCACUGAAGAGAUUCCUGAAGAGAGAGAAGAACGUUGUGAUGCGUAAAGUUCCUCCCAGACUCAGGUUGAUAAAGAAAGAGGUUUCUGGAGGGUUCCAGGUGAGCUGCUUGGCGUUUGGUUUCUACCCCCGCCACAUCAACAUGACCCUGCUGAGAGACGGCCAGCCAGUGGCAGAACAGGAGCUGACAGGGGGGGAGGUGCUGCCUAGUGGAGACGGGAACUACCAGCUGAGGAAGAGUCUGGAGGUCAGUACUGAGGAGCUAAAGAAGAGACACAACUACACCUGUACUGCCUCUCACCUCAGUCUGGACAACAAGCUGGAUGUCAGUUGGGAGUCUGGGGCAGAGAGAGUUCACCUAUCCACCCUCUCAGUUCUACUGGUGAUGCUGCUGGUUGUUAUUCUAUUGGGCAUUUUCAUUUGUGUCAAAAGGAGGUGGAGAUGCACUGCCUCCCAUCUGAAACUUGUCAACAUUGAUGCAAAAGCGUGAGAGUAAAUGAACCUUUCUUCCGAUUCUGAGACCUAAUAAAAUGUUGGGACACUGAUGUAGCUUUGUCAGUUCAGCUCAAUUCACAAUCAAAAUAUGACUGCCAGUGCACCUAUGAGGGCAAGUGUGAAUUAUUCUGCUAUUGUCAGUCAGUCUUCCCUUCCCUUCAACAAAGGAUCAGUUUGGGGAGACUGUUGACAAAAACAAAUAUUGGGGCAUGAAGGUAAUAUGGUAGUUAAAUCAUUAUGUAAUUUGUAAUUUAUACUCAUGACUAUUCAUUAAUUGUACAAGUGUAUCUGUGCUGUAUCAGCUGAUAUCCAGUAUCUUACCCAGAAGGAGAAUCAUGUGAUCAUGUGUAUGAGGUCUGUUUAUUAUUGGAAAGACUUUACAGUGUCUCUGUUUUGUAUUGUAUGUUGUGUAUGUUCAUCAUUACUGCACAAUAAUACAUUUAUUAAAGACAAUAACAUGUUGAAUAA